CUAACAGCAAAAACAUUCAAUGGAAGGUUAAGCUAGGCAGUUUAUUGACAGCAUAUUAUGUAUAGCUAAUAUUUUAAGACAAUUUGUCUGGUGUGGUUUUUAUUGUCACUGUCAAUUUUACUGUAAAGAAAGAUGGCAAUAGCUCGUCCACCUGGAAUGGAGUUUGAUCACAACUGGCCUGAAAGUGCAGAGUGUUUGACUCUCGAUUUUGGCCCGUUUGAGACUGUUCAUCGUUGGAGGAGAAUGCCAGAAUGUGAUGAGUUUGUUGGGGCUCGAAGGAGCAAGCAUACCGUUGUAGCUUACAAGGACGCUAUAUACGUAUUUGGAGGAGACAAUGGGAAACACAUGUUGAAUGACUUGUUGAGAUUCGAUGUUAAGGAUAAGUCUUGGGGCAGAGCCUUUACAACAGGAUGUCCUCCAGCACCAAGGUAUCAUCAUUCUUCAGUUGUUCAUGAAAACAGCAUGUUUGUUUUUGGAGGCUACACGGGAGAUAUUCAUUCUAACUCCAAUUUAACAAACAAGAAUGAUCUUUUUGAAUACAAGUUUACCACUGGUCUGUGGAGUGAAUGGAGGUUUUUUGAUGGAAAUGUUCGUAGAAUGCCAGUUCCACGAUCUGCCCAUGGUGCUGCAGUUUAUGAUGGUAAACUGUGGAUAUUUGCCGGCUACAAUGGCAAUGCCAGGUUAAAUGACAUGUGGACAUUCUCUUUGUUAGGAGACUCAAAGUCGUGGGAAGAAGUUCCUCAACGGGGAGAUUGUCCCCCCACAUGUUGCAACUUUCCAGUGGCUGUAGCAAGAGAUAGUAUGUUUGUGUUUUCUGGUCAGAGUGGUGCCAAGAUAACAAACAGUCUCUUUCAGUUUCAUUUCAAGGAGAAAUACUGGACUCGAAUAUCUACUGACCAUAUAUUACGUGGAGCUCCACCACCACCAACACGCCGCUAUGGACACACGAUGGUGGCAUUUGAUCGUCAUCUUUACGUCUUUGGUGGUGCAGCAGACAGUACUUUACCUAAUGACCUACACUGUUUCGACUUGGACUCGCAACUUUGGUCAAUAAUCCAGCCAUCACCGGAUAGUGAGGUACCUUCGGGAAGACUUUUUCAUGCUGCAGCUGUGAUUGGGGAUGCCAUGUACAUAUUUGGAGGAACUGUUGACAACAACGUUCGUAGUGGAGAAAUGUUUCGCUUCCAGUUCUCCUGUUAUCCUAAAUGUACCCUACACGAAGAUUUUGGUAAAUUAUUAGAGAGUCGGCAGUUCUGUGACGUAGAGUUCUUGGUGGGAGAGGAAGAGCACAAGAUUCCUGCACACAUAGGGUUUGUUGCAGCUCGUUCCCAUUGGUUAAGAAACAAGGUUCGACAAGCAAGAGACAGACACAGAGAAAUGCUGGAGCAAACUGCUGUGAGUGACUACCACCCAAUGUCAGGAAAGCGGAACACACUUUUACUGCAGGUCAAGUUGAAAGAUGCUGUUCCUGAAGCUUUUGAACUUGUUCUUACUUACAUUUAUACUGACCGUAUAGACCCAACUAAGAAAAGUAGAGAUCCACUUAGUAACAAGAUUGUUCUUUUAAUGAUGGAUGUUUACCGACUAGCUGUACAGUUUCACAUGAGGCGACUCGAGCAGCUUUGCGUACAGUACCUAGAAUCAGCUGUCAAUCACAGAAAUGUUCUUGUGGCCCUGCAGAAUGCAUCAGAUCUUAAAUUGGACUUCAUCAAGGAAUUCUGCCUCAAGUUUAUUGUAAAGGAGAGUAAUUACAACCAGAUCGUGAUGAGUAAAGAGUUUGAAACUAUUGCGCAGCCUCUCAUGGUGGAAAUUAUACGACGGCGACAAGUGCCCGCUGUUCGACCUUUAACCGAACCGCAGUGCGACUUGGCAGGUACAACUUUAGAGCAAGAUAUGGAAGCAUUCCUGAAGGGCACUGGCACAGAAUUCUGUGACAUCACUUUGAUGCUGGAUGACCAACCAAUCCCGGCUCACAAGGCAAUUCUUGCUGCAAGAUGUAGCUACUUCGAAGCCAUGUUUCGUUCUUUCAUGCCUGAAAACAACACUGUCACAAUUGCCAUUGGUGAAAUGAUUCCUUCAAUGCAGUCUUUCCAUACGUUGCUACGGUAUAUCUACUAUGGAGAUGUUACCAUGCCUCCGGAGGAUUCUUUGUACCUCUUCUCAGCUCCUUACUUCUAUGGUUUUACCAACAAUAGACUCCAGGCUUUUUGCAAGCAAAACUUGGAGAUGAAUGUAACGUUUGAAAACGUAAUCCAGAUUUUGGAAGCAGCAGACAGGAUACAAGCUUUUGACAUGAAGAAACAUGCACUAAAUUUGGUCGUCCACCAUUUCCCUAAGGUGGCUCGACUUCCUCGAAUUCGAAGUCUAAGUCGGGAACUUCUAAUUGAUAUCUUGGAAGCCCUUGCAGAUGAUAUGAGUGAGUCGAAACUUUGCCAAGACAUGUCCUCUGCUAGUCUGUGUGGUGAUUCUGUGUAGACUUGGUAAGUCUAAACUUUGCCAACACGUAGUCUGCUAGUCCGUGUAGACUUGGUAAGUCCAAACUUUGCCAACACGUCUCCUCUGCUAGUCUGUGUAGACUUGGUAAGUCCAAACUUUGCCAACACGUCUCCUCUGCUAGUCUGUGUGGUGAUUCUGUGUAGACUUGGUAAGUCCAAACUUUGCCAACACGUGUCCUCGGCUAGUCUGUGUAGACUUGAUAAGUCCAAACUUUGCCAACACGUGUCCUCUGCUAGUCUGUGUGGUGAUUCUGUGUAGACU